AAUAGAUGCAUUCUUAAGCUGUCAUCUUUGCCAAUUCCAUUUAUCUCCAAUUUCUUUAUAUAUAUAUAUAUAUAAUCAAGCUCCAAUUUUUAUUCAUAAUAAUAAUCAUAAUCUUAAUACUAAUAAUAAUAAAACCAGGCAGGAGCGAGAGAGAGAGGGACUUGGGAUUCUUAACAAACAAACGGUAGCUUUAACUUUUCCUCCUCUGUAUUUUGCAACAAAGAAAAUUGAGUGUUAUUAUUGUUUCUCUGUUAACAGAGGAGCUGCCUCCCUUGCCCUGUUUAUUUCCUUUCCUCGGAUGUUGCCUAUGUUGUUUUCUGGUAUGUGAUUCUUGUCGUCGUCGUUGUUCGCCGACAUGGGUGCCUGCGUUUCAACGCCGGAGGGCUGCGUCGGAAGCAAAUUUAAAAAGUCUUCCAAGAGGAAGAACCGCCGCAGGCGGAGGAAAGGAUCUAAAACGACAGCGUUUUCAGCUCUCUCCGAUGGAUCGCACCGCUCUGACCCGAUUGACCACUGCUCAUUUUCCAAUCCCACUUUCCAAGGAAGUUCUGAUGAAGCCUGGUUUGAUACGGUUGGAAAAUUCGAAUCGGAUUGUGAUGAAGACUACCAAAGUCUUCCUGAUGAUAUACAGUCAAUUAAUAGCUUUGAGGGUGCGUCAACGUCGAGCAUUUCUUCUUCGGGAGAUGCUAAUCAUGGAGAUCAUAAUGUGAAUCGACAUAGCGCAACCCCAGAUCAGAUUCAUAGACCAGGAAAUUCAGCAAGAGUACAUUCUGUGAGCAACUCUGAGAGUCAAGUUGCAAGGGAGUCACAUUCUCAGGCCAUGAAUCCAGAUGAUGCAGAACCCCAACUCAAGGGUUAUGGACACUCGAGCGAGGCAAAUGAACCGGUAUUCAUCGACGAGAUCUCCUCUACUGCUGGUGAAAGUUCUGCCAAAGGCGAUGGAAUAUUGGAUAAUUGUGGGAUUUUACCAAGCAAUUGUUUGCCUUGUCUUGCAUCAACAAUAAACUCUGUUGAAAAGAGAAAAGCAUUAAGUUCUAGUCCUCCAAGUGGACUUAAAAAGGCAGCCUUGAAACUUUCAUUCAAAUGGAAAGAAGGAAAUCCCAAUGCUGCUUUAUUUUCGUCGAAAGCGCUUCUACAAAGACCUAUAGCAGGUUCUCAAGUACCCUUUUGUCCAGCUGAAAAGAAAAUGCUAGACUGUUGGUCACAUAUUGAGCCAGAUAGUUUUAAAGUUAGGGGAGUAAACUAUGCAAAGGACAAAAAGAAAGAAUUUGCUCCCAGUCAUGCUGCUUACUAUCCAUUUGGCGUUGAUGUGUUCUUGUCACAUCGAAAAGUGGAUCACAUUGCUCGCUUUGUGGAACUUCCUGCAGCUAAUUAUUCUGGAACGCUUCCACCUAUCCUUGUUGUUAAUGUUCAGAUUCCAUUGUAUCCAGCGGCGAUUUUUCAAGGAGAAACCGAUGGAGAAGGAAUGAGUAUCGUCUUGUACUUUAAGCUUUCUGAUGCAUAUGCAGAGGAACUUACAUCUCAUUUUCAAGAAAAUAUCAGGAAGCUGAUUGAUGAUGAAGUUGAAAGAGUGAAGGGUUUUCCAGUAGACAAUGUAGUACCAUUUAGGGAAAGAUUGAAAAUUUUGGGACGCGUUGCAAACGUGGAGGAUCUUCCAAUGAGUGCCGCAGAGCGAAAGCUUAUGCAGGCUUACAAUGAAAAGCCCGUCCUCUCUCGUCCUCAACACGAAUUUUACUUGGGAGAAAACUACUUGGAAAUUGACUUGGAUAUGCACAGAUUUAGUUACAUAUCAAGGAAAGGUUUUGAAGCAUUUCUUGAUAGACUCAAGUGCUGUAUUUUGGAUGUUGGCCUAACAAUUCAGGGGAACAAACCUGAAGAAUUGCCAGAGGAGAUCUUAUGUUGUAUUAGAUUAAAUGGAAUUGAUUACGUAAAUUAUCAGCAGUUGGGGAUGGGUCAAGAGAUCAUGUAAUAUGCAGAGAAAAGAACCAUAAAUCAGAUAUAUAUUCCAAAGGGAAAAGAGUUGUGAAGUUUGUAUUCUUUUGGAGUAUAUUUUUAUUGAAGAAUGUGUGGGCUGCUAAUUACAUGAUUUUGAUUUGCUGCAUUUGAACCCACCAACCUGGAAAAAGCUGUUUCUCUUCAGUCAACAGCAAAAUAAAUAAAACAAAAACCAAGUCUUGAGAUUCUGAACA